AGAAUAUAGUGUAACAUUCCAGCAUGAGGCAAGGCAUUCAUUUCAGCAAGGAAUCAACCUCAUGCAACUAGUUAAGAACUGAGGCUCUGCCCACCUUCAACACAUAGCUUCCGAGGCUGCUGUAUGCCCUACCAGCCCAGCUAUCAGGAAGAAGGGAAGAACAUGUGGAGAAGACUCGCCCACUACUCCAAUCCUUCAGCCCAUAUUCUGUUGAUGAGUACCAGACACGUGGCCCCACUACCAGCCUGCAAAGGGGGAUCAAAGAGUGGGCUACUUCUCAACCACACUAUCGCUACACCUUUGUAAUCUACCCCAGGGAUCAGUAGAAUUUCUUGGAGUCUCUUCAGGAGUCCUAGGGUUCGCUGGAUGAUGUACUGGAUUGUUUUUGCUCUGUACACUGUGAUUGAAACAAUAGCAGAUCAAACAGUUGCUUGGUUUCCCUUAUACUAUGAGCUGAAGAUUGCUUUUGUCAUAUGGCUGCUCUCUCCCUAUACCAAAGGAGCAAGUUUAAUAUACAGAAAAUUUCUUCAUCCACUUCUUUCUUCAAAGGAAAGGGAAAUUGAUGAUUAUAUUGUACAAGCAAAGGAACGAGGCUAUGAGACUAUGGUAAACUUUGGGCGACAAGGUUUAAACCUAGCAGCUACUGCUGCUGUCACUGCAGCAGUGAAGAGCCAAGGAGCAAUAACUGAACGUUUAAGAAGCUUUAGUAUGCAUGACUUAACAGCUAUCCAAGGUGAUGGGCCUGUGGGGCAAAGACCGUAUCAGCCUUUACCAGAAGCAAAAAAGAAGAGCAAGCCAGCCCCCAGUGAAUCAACAGCUUAUGGAAUUCCACUGAAAGAUGGAGAUGAGAAAACAGAUGAAGAAGCGGAUGGGCCAUAUUCAGAUGAUGAGAUGUUAACACACAAAGGCCUUCGCAGAUCACAAAGCAUGAAGUCUGUGAAAACCGUCAAAGGCCGAAAGGAGGUGCGGUAUGGUUCACUAAAAUAUAAGGUGAAGAAGAGACCACAGGUGUAUUUUUAGUCAUCUAACUUCAAGUAUCACAAGACAAAUAUACCAAUAAACCAACUUCAUUUUCUAACAUGUUACCUUCAGGAUUUACACAUUACAAUAAUUCCUUACAUUUUGGCAAUGAUAAGAUUUGUUUCAUGAAUUUAAAUAUUUUUUAUUUCUUUAACAAUUACUUUUAAAUAUUGACUAAUAAAGGUGAUCAUACAAGGUUUAUUAAGUUAUGUACCUGAAAUUAUAGGAAAUCAUGUUACACAGACCCACAGUAUACUUGAAGCGUCUCACUGUGGUUCAGGAUAUGUUAGCCUCUGUGGUGUUACAACGAGUUUACCUCCAGCAGCUGUGUUGUAUCUGGUCACACAAGAACAGUAGCUAAAUAGGCCUCUGAUUAGGCAGUGACAUCACAAGGAUCUACAGUAAGAUAAUAAAGUAUGUUUUAUAUGUUCUUUACAUUUUUACUUUUAUACUUUCUCCCUUUUUUUCACCUUUAACUGAAAGGUUUUGAAACAAAUAUUUGAAAAGCAGAUAUCCAUAUAGCACUUUCUUGACUAGUUUUGCACACUUAAAAAUUGUUUACUUAUUUUACAACUGUACAUUUCCUUUAAAUUUUAUUGACACUCAGUAUUGUUAUUUGUCAUAUUCUGACGUGUCAAAUUUAUGCCUUGAAAAACAUCUUUCUUGCAGGUUUCAUUUGUUAAAUUUAUUGGAUUUCUAAUAUUAAAACAUAGCUAACUGUUCGAUUUUUAACUUUUUAAAUUAUCUUCUUUACAAAUGAGAAGUUAUUUUAAACAUUAACCAGUUUUCCACAUGUAACUGUAUAGUGUCAGCAUAUUUUAUCAACACCAAUUAUAAUUGUAAAAAUGGUAGUAGCUUUUGUGAAAUAGAGUCAGAGUCCAGUAUAACAGUUAGGUCUCUUUUAAUUCAUAAAAUUAUCUGAUAGUCAAUCCAUUCACAAGCUUAGCAUUCAUAUGUGCUGCUGGUUUAUAAGUCUGGCAUUGACUAAAAUCAUCUGAAUCUUUCUGGCUGAGAUAAUUUCCUGAAUAUGAGUGCCAAUGCAAACUACAGACAUCAUUAAUCCUACAUAUCAGAAACUAUUAGAAAUUUUUUUUUUUUUUUUUUUUUUUUUUGCGGCACCGGGGAUCAAACUCAGGACCUUGCACUUGCCAGGCAGGUGCAGCACCACUGAGAGAAAAAUACCAUUUUUAAUCCAAAAAAUUUGGAGAUCUUGACCCAUGAGGCUUUUUUUUGGUUAUACUAAUAGUUGCGCAUUAUGAACCCUAAAUCAGUAUAUUUUGGGUGAUGAUUCUUGUGAUCAGUAAUGAACUUUGUAGUUAACAUGCUUGUUCAGAUAAUUUACUUUGACCAGUCUACUUGAUUGCACAAAAGAACACAAUGAGAGAGAUGUGUGAGAUCUUUGACUCUUCUACCUUUUAAGAAAAAUAAGCCAACUGGUAAUGUUUAUUCAAGACCCCCUCAGAGUAUUGGUUGAGAACAGAAUGUUUACUCAGAAGCACAUUAGUAUAAUUCAUAUAUUGCCUCUUGAUAUUAGUCUUAAUAUUUUUUAGACACCUUACAUUGUUUUGUUUUGUUUGUUUUUUGAGACAAGAGUCUCGCUAUGCAGUUCAGGCUGGCCUCAAACUCACAGUGAUCCUGCCUUAGCCUCCUGAGUGUUGGGAUUACAGGCAUGCGCCACCAUGGCUGGCUCACAUUCUUGGGACCUUGAACUUGCAAGGCAGGCGGCAGCUCACAUUCUUGAUACAUAAUCCCAAGUAAAAAUUCAUUCCAUCUUUUUUCUCCCAGAGUUUAAAUCUGAAUAUCUCCAUCUACUUUAACUUAACUAAUUUUUAGCCUCUUCAUUUCUAGAAGGACUCUCUAGUUUUGUUCUAAAUUCCUAUGAAUUCAAAAUGUUUGGAAGCAAAUUGUAUUUAUAUUGCAUGGUGCUCGACUUGGCUAUAAAUGCUACAUCAUGCUUCUUUUUCCUACAGACAUGCAGAGGCAGUGUUAUCUCAGAUUGCCUGAUCAGGUCCUAUAAGUCAUAAAAUGUUGUCUGUUGGCACCAUUUUACCUUUUUCAGUUCUAAUUACUCUUAGCACUAAACCUGUCCUUUGGGCUAGGAAUGUAACUCAGGGGCAAAGCAUGUGCUUAGCAUGAGCAAGGCCCUGGGUUCAGUCCCCAAGACACACGUACAUACUAUCCAAGAACUAUUUAUCUUCAAGAAACAAAAUGCUUCAUUAACAACAACGCCACAUUCAAAGAAGCAACGCAGAUCCUUUAGCAUACUCCUUCCCCUUCCAUCCUUCUGAUAUGUUUUUGCUAUUGAAACCCUUAUUCAUGAUUGAUACCAUUGUGUUCUCUCACAUUCUAUCUCUUGUUUUACAUUUCUUAAAUUUUGGUAUUGUCCCCUAACUGUGUUUUAGCAUGUCCUUCUCUUUGUGUAAUAAGCUUAUACAUUUGUGUUUCUUUCAAGGUGGAAUAGGUCUUUUUGUUUCUAUGAAUUUAAGUCUACUUUUUUUUUUUCCUUUUUUUUGUACCAGGGAUCAAACUCAGGACCUUGCACUUGGGAGGCAGGCACCAGAACCACUGAGCUAAAUCCCUGGCCUAACUCUACUUUUAAAAGACGUACAUUUACCGUAGACCAGAGUGCCUUGCUUGCCCCGCUACCACUUGGGGCCUGGGCCUUGAUACACAAGUCCACUUGACUCAGGGCACUAUUUUGGUAGCUGUUGGAACUUACCCAGAAAUUGCAGCUGGUAUUUUUUUUAACUGUACAUUCAUUCAGCUUGUUCACUAGUGCUUAACUAUUUCCCAAAAGUUUAUUCUUACUCUAUUAUACUAUAUACCAUUUUCUAUGGUAUAAAAAAAGAGCUAGCUAUAGGUCUAUUGCUAAGUAAUUAAUUAUGCAAACCUACCUAGGUUCUACAUAAGAUCCCUUCCACACAUUUCAUUGUAUAUAUGUGUAUUUGGCUAAAAAAUGAUACUGCCACCAUUACUAAUUAUAAAUACUUGACUACACUGAUUGAUGGAACACAAUUAUUAAAGUGUUUUCAGGGAUCUUUUUCCACGUGUCACCACCAAAGAUUUCUGCAGUGUUAUAAAGUAUGUAAAUUUUUGUAAAGCAUGGGUUAGAUAAAUGUGUUUUCUUUCUUUCUUGAAAUAACACAUAGUUUGUACUUUUGGAAAAUGCUUGAACUUUUAUGUUAGUAAAUAUAUAAUACUAUCUUACAUUAAAUAUAAGUAAUUUUUAUGUUUUAAUUGGAAAGGGCUAAAUUCUCAUUUAAUAUCUUUUUUCAGAAAAAAGGAGUUAAUAUAUAUUUAAAAGAAAUUUCCUGUUUUCUCCUGUGUAGGUUGAUUUAUUUGUGAAACAAGUAAAUUUUGAAACCAUUUCUAUUGUGAUAUGCGGUAUGUAUUUCUUAGAAAAUAUCAUCUAAGGGCCAGGGAUUUAGCUCAGUGGUUCCAGCGCCUGCCUUGCAAGCGCAAGGUUCUGAGUUCGAUCCCCAGUACCAAAACAAAAAAAAAAGAAAAAUAUCAUCUAAGAGUAAAGUUUUCUGAAAGGAAAAUAGAAUGUUUUUCCCCUAAAUGUUUUUAAUGUUUAGUCUUUUAGUAGUAUUUGAAGAUUUAAUGUGUAUUAACCAUAUUUAAACAUUGACCAAUGGCUUAACAUUUUCUCUUCUAACAUCUUUUAUAUCUAUGUACUUUAAUAACUAAGAGAAUUUUAGAAAUUUUAGAAUUUUAGAAAAUUUUACUCUUUGUAAAAGCUACCUUUUAGCCCAGAAUGUGGGUAAUUUUACAAGUGUAUUUUUUGAAAACUUAAUAAAAUAAACUCAUUUUAUUAGUGGCAA